UGCCGCUCGCCUGGCGGGGCGGGCAGCGGCGGCGGCAAGAACAGCCUGGUGAAGCCGCCCUACUCCUACAUCGCUCUCAUCACCAUGGCCAUCCUGCAGAGCCCCAAGAAGAGGCUGACGCUGAGUGAGAUCUGCGAGUUCAUUAGCGGACGCUUCCCCUACUACCGGGAGAAGUUUCCCGCCUGGCAGAACAGUAUCCGCCACAACCUUUCCCUUAACGACUGCUUCGUCAAGAUCCCCCGGGAGCCCGGCAAUCCUGGAAAGGGCAACUACUGGACGCUGGACCCCGAAUCCGCCGACAUGUUCGACAACGGGAGCUUCCUGCGCCGCCGAAAGCGCUUCAAGAGGCAGCAGCUCCCGGCGCCCGAGCUUUUGCUGCGCGCCGUGGACCCCGCCGCCUUCCUCCCGCAGCCUCCGCCGCAGCCYCCGCAGCAGCCGCCCUGCGCCUACGGACCCUACGGCUGCGGCUACGGUCUCCAGCUCCAGCCUUACCACCCCCACUCCRCCCUCUUCGCCUUCCACCACCCCUCCCCGCCGCCCCGCCAGCCCUCCGCCGCCCCCGGCAGCGCCCCCGGUGCGGCGCUGUCCCCUGCCGCCGCCGCGCCGCCGGGCCCCUUGCUGCCGGCGGCGGAGCUGGCACGGACGCCCUUCGGCUACGCGCACCCGCUGGGCCCGGCGCUGGCGGCCUCGCUGCACUCCGCCAAGCCCGGCAGCGGCGGAGCUCUGGCCCGCUCGCCCUUCUCCAUCGAGAGCAUCAUCGGGGGAAGCCCCGGCCCCGGCGCGGGCAGCAGCUGCGCCUCGCAGUCGACCGCGGCGCCGGGGCUCGCCCGCUCGCUGGGGAACGCCGGGAGCGGCCUGCCCCCCGCCGCCGCCCUGCCCGCCGCCCCCGGCUUCGCGGCACGGAUCUCUAACUGUUAAGUGUUUGGGAGUCUUUCCGAAGGUAGGAUCUGGGGUAUCUCCUUUCUCCGCCGCUCGGACGCCCGGCGGACGCCG